UGUUGCUGCUGUAACAAAAGAAUUUCCCACUAUCAAUAAAGUAUUAUUAUUGUUAUUAUUAUAUUCCAUGAAGUUUGUAAGAAUAAAAUAUGUAUCUCCUGAUUGGAAAACCUAGAACCGGAAAUCAUAGUCUCAUAAUAUAGGUCAGACCAUUUAACUGUUAAGAGAAAGUUCUUCAUUCAAAGGGUGAUGAAUCUUCAGGUAAGGCUGGGUAGUGGAAUUCUCCCCCUUACAGGUAUUGAAUAUUCAAAGGGUUCUGCUUGUUAGGGUGUGCUGUAAAUACAGUAAAUUUACGUGACUAUAUUCCAAAUGUUAAAGUAAGUAGUUGAUUGUUUAUUGUUACCUUUGUGUUGAAGAAGUAUAAAACUUUGUGUCAGGAGAGUGAGACUCUCUCAGAUUCUACUUUUCCAGAAACGUUCGCUAUGUAAAUACUAAUGUUUCCCAGUUGCAGCUUUCAUAUGGCUCAGUUUCAGUCAGUCACAACAACUUCAUUUGUUAAUUGUUACAUCAUCUUAGCCUCGGCAAAGUUUUCCUUUAGUUUCUCUUCAAGAACCCCCACUGCAAGAAGGUGCAGAUCGCCCCAGCACCAUCAGUGACAUCACCGACAGUAUAGCAGAAACGGCGGCUGCUGGCAGACCCAGCCAAUGAGAGCCGUGAACAGGGUCAGGUAGGCGCGGUCGGUGCCCGGAGACUGCUCGGCGCCAUGGUGUUAUCCUGCUCUGCUUACGGCUGCAAGAAUCGGAGACCAGCUGUGUGCUUGGAAGGAUGGUGAAAAACCAAUUGUUUCCCCUGAAGCGGCCGGAGCUCUGCAAAAAGUGGCUGGAUGCAGUAAGAAGACGGAAUUUUAUACCCACUAAAAACAGCAAUUUGUGUUCAGAACAUUUCACAUUGGACUGUUUCAGAAAGAACUGUAACAAUAAAAUACUGGAAGAAAAUGCUGUGCCAUCCAUAUUCUGUUUUACUCGAUCAAAUCAGCAGUCAAAGAAGUUAGAAAUGGCAUUACCGAGUGACCAACAUCAUGCAACAGAGGAAAUUAUAGAGGAGUCGGAACUGAAUCAAUCGCAUGGACUCUUAACUGUUUACGAUCAUAGCUACAGUGUUGGAGAUGCAUGCUUACAGAAAAAGAAGAUUCAGCAGUUGGAGGAACAAAAUGAGAAAUUGAAGAAGAAACUGAAAUUCUUACAGCAAAAGUCUCGCCGCCAAGAGCAACGUUUACAAAGAAUGAAGAAGCUAUUACAAGAACUUAAUACACGAGAUAUAUUGUCACAUCAAAAUUGUGUGCUGUUAAAUGAUACUUUGUAUGAAGUAAUUAAAGUUUAGAUGUAAUUUGUUUAUCAGCAUCACAUUUGUUGCAUAGUGUAGAAUCAUAAGUUUUACUACCCAAGGUUGAGGUAGGGGUUUAAGUAAAAAUUUCUCAUGGUUCGUUCUGGGGAAAUUGUUUAAAAUGUAUAAGUAAGAACAAACUUAUUAAGUUGAAUGCAUUAUGGAGCUGGUGAAUUACAGGUAACAGAACAAGCAGACUAGCAAUAGAAGAAUAUACAAAAAUUCUGGUAUAUCCAAAAAGCAACCUGGUGAGAUUGACAGAUCUUGUAAGGUUUCCCAAACCAUUAAUUCAUUUACAUGGGUGGUGGGUUACUGUGUACAGUUCUCAUAAUACUGGAGCGGAGUAUUGAAUUAUUGUGAAGAACUGUCACUGAGAGAAACUAGUGAAAAAGUGGGAAUUUAUAUGUUGCAAAAUUUGUUGGGUGAUUGAAUCAUACUAAAGUUUCAGAACUGAACUCAAAAAUACUCAAAGCCCACAGUGCAGCUAUUUGUUCUGUUAGAAAAAAAAUUGAUCACAAAUUAGAUGUAACUACAUUGACAGGGAAUAUAAAGAGCAGGGCUACAGAAAGUGACAUCAGAAUAGUGCCAAUGAUCUUUACAUCUUUCUUGCUAUGCUAUUUUAAGAACUUAAUUUAUAUAUAAUUGAUUUGUGGCAGGGAAUGUCACAUUUUAACUACACUGUAGCUAGUUUUUUUAAACCUUUAGCUGAAAUUAUAAAAAUCUAGUCUUUAGCAUACUCUCAGCUAUAGAAAUGGUCUGUAUACCCUCGUAAUCAUUUAACUCCUGCAUUGGUUUACCAUAUAAUCUCUUAAAGGGGCAAAAAGUAUUUCUUGGGGAAAAUAGUCAUACUUUUAAAUUUUCUUCUAACUGCAAGCCUUCUCCCUUUGUGUUAAAUAUAUGUUACAAAUGUCGAAUUCUUGUCUUUUCAGUAUAAUGGUCUGUACAAAAUUAUAAACAUCAUUUGAUUAGUAGCCUAACUUGCUAUUACAUCUGUACUUUACUUCAAGGUACAGAACCAGGAAUUGCCUCUGCAUACCUUAAUUAUUUGCACCCAAUAAAAGCUAUAAUCUUUUAAGCUAAUUUUGUAAAGCUCUAGGAUAUACAUCUAUCUGCACAAUAACUGAGUCAUCUGAAUAUUGGGCUUUUUUUCCCUUUUCUAUGUGGCAUCCUUUUUUUUCAAAUUACAAGCCUGUAUAGCAUGUGGAUCUAUGGAUAGAGUUACAGGAUUUUAUUUUGUGUACGUUAGCCAAUGUUAAAAAGUAACACGUAAUGAAAAUAAUGUGGCUUUCUCUAAAACCAAAGUGAAUUUUCUGAGUCAUCCAUGUGUGUGGUAUUAAAGAGGGGCUCUUGGGGUUAUUAAUUGUAAAUCAGAAUGCUGAAGGUUUUAAUGUAUGUAUUGUGGUUUUGCUUUUUUUUGUGUGUAAGUAACAUUCUCACUUGCAUUGUGUGUCUUCAUUUAAUAUCCGAAUGAACAAAAGCAAGACUUGAGGAUCAACAGUGAAUCCUUGAAUUAUACACAAGCCCCUGGAAUGUGUGGUAUGCCACCUCUUUGAAAAGAGGACAAGUAAAUUGCUCAUUUAGCUAGUUGUGAACUACAGUUUUAUAUGGGAUAAAUAGUAUUAAAUGCUGGACA